AUUUAUUUGUAACAACAAACAACCACUUACAACAACAACAGAAAACACAACAGCAACAACAACAGCAGCAGCAGCAUACAAAUGCCAAUAACACUGUUAUUUCGAAUACACGUUGUCCUACGAUUUCCUCUUCCAACACAUCCAAUCCUACUAUGAAACCGGGAAACUUACCUCAUCAGCUAAACGAUCCCCAUGAUUCCCUUGGAGGAGCCGGCGUUGUAACAGAAAAUGGCAAUGGCGUUGAGUUAAACAAUAAUAAUUAUUUGUACAAAUCCUCCAUGAAUACGCAUCAGGCGGCGGCUGGCAAAGCAUUUCCACCAACCACCAAUCAACAUCGGCAGCAAUUGGAAACAGUAGCACUUAAAAAUUUAACCAAUGGUCCCAACAAUCCGACACAGCCCACACCUCAACCAGCACCAUUAGCAUCAUCACCAUCAACAACUUCCACACAUGUUAUGACAAUACCAACACAAAAUUUCCCACCGUCUUCAGACGCUCUCAACAAUAAUAAUAACAACAACAACAAAAAUAGUAUGAACAGUAACAAUGAUAAUCAAAAUGAGAUUUUAAAUAAUAAAACCACAACAAUAACAAAUGCUACAGUAGCACCUACACUGUACAACAACAACAAUCUGCUAAAUACAACAAUUACAGGAUUCAAUGGCCAUCAACAGCAUUUUAAUAAUCAUCAUCAGAAUACUACAGCAACAAAUAAUAAUAACAACAACAACAAUAAAACAGCAACAUUAUUACCACCAAUACAUCCAACCACCAUACCAAUGGCAUCGUCGUCGUCCGAUCAGCAACAACAUCAACGUACGGCAGCAACCAAUAGCCUAUUGUUUGUAAGACCUGCAAAUCAUUCAACAACCACAACAACUUUACAUGUUGGUAAACUACCGUUUUUGCCAGUGCAAUUUAUAUGAACUCUCAACAACAACAACAACAAGAACUCUCCUAACAAAUCAACAACAAAUAUCACCACCACAACUACCACCCACCAAUCAAACAUACUUCUCUCCCUCUUUGUUUCUUUAUAAGACAAAAAGAACAACAGCAACAACAACUGAACAAGAAAACAAUAAUUAUAGUAAUUUUCAUCAUUAAUUAUAUUAUAUACAUAUAUUUUAACUUUAAAAGAAAAAAAAAUUACUUAAAAAAAGACAAACAUAAAGAGAAAAAAAUCAUUAAUUUACCACAUAAUAAA